ACCGCCUCACUCCCUCCCCCACCCGGCAGCAGCCACUUACCUGCCUGCCAGCCUGGCAUUUGCAACUUCCAGUUUGAAAGUAACAACAUAAUAUGUAUUCUGAUGAAACGUGCUUAUGACCCCUCAGUGGGAUUGAUAAAGAGGAUACACUACUAGGACAAACAUGGAAAGUUUAAUGGAUUUAAAAUCCUCCCAAGUACUGAUGAGUUUUUGGUCAAAACCAUGCCAUCCAGUAACAGCAGUGGGUACAACACCACUCUUUUUAGUUUUUUUCCCUCAACACAAAUUGCAAUUUCUUAUAAAUCACAGUUUAAGUGAACUGGUAAGUAGAAAGUUAGCAUAAGUGGAAUAGUUGAAACACAUGAGUGUGACACACAAAAGCCAGUCAUCUUAUUCACUACACUGGAAAAAGAGUACAUCAAUGCCAUCCCAAAACAAGUAUCACAAAGUUCUGAUAAUUAAACAACAAUGACAAAACGAAAACUUUCCACUGAGUAUGCAGGAGAUUUGACAAAGUUUACUUGGUUUAGGAUUGGGGAGAAUUGCUCUUACUGUACUGUGCCAGUGUGCUUCAACCACAAUUACUAAUAUGUUUGUUUGGAUCAAUCCCUUUAGGAUUAGAGAGACAAGGAUGCAUGUUGGAGAGUGAAGAAAUAAAGAAUAUGGUAUAAACUAUGCAAGAAGAAGUACAUUGCACAAACUUUGUCCUUAUUUCUGGUCCUACUUUGACAGGAAUAGAUUCAAAGUAUUCCACAAAUUGGCAGGAAAGGAAUACAAAGUAUUCCACAAAUCAAGGGAGGCAGCAAUUCUAGAAAGUACCAUAAAGACUAUAUUUUCUUUUUAUGAGCUGUGAUAUUUAUCCAAAUAGAAGACAGCCCUGAAUGUAAGGCGCACCAAUUCAAAUGGGAAAUUGGACAGCAACAUCUUAUCUGCUUCCUUUAAUGUAUCCUCAACUAAUUGAAGUUAACCCUCUCAUUUUAAUAGUAAAUUAUUUGAGGUGGGAGAAACCAGCCUUUAUUUCAGAAAAGGAACCUUCCUUGCUGAUUCUGAUUUUCUGCUGAUAUAUUCUUAAAUAUCCUAGCUGUCUGCACUUUCUGUACUAUUGUAUACCCUAUACAGUAAUGAAAAUACUUAUUCAAAUCCUUUUUGUUCUUAAUUUAUUGCUAUUAGUUGUCUGUAAUAAUGAAGUACUCCUCCUCCUCCUCCUCCUCCUCAGUGUAAAAAAAUACUCUGGUGAUAAAGAGUGUUUGAGAACAAACUGAAAACUCUGACUGGUAUUCACAAACAAUACUCUGUAAUCUAAUUCUCUGAGUUAUGUUAAGUGGCAAAUGUCAGGCUGGUCUCUCUUCCCCUUGUAGCCUUUGCUACUUGGAUUUCAAUUCCAAACAUGGUUAUCUAUGUAGUCUCUCUCUCUUCUUACCAUGCCUCAGUGCUAUACAUUCCAAAUUAAACACUCGUGCCCUCUGCUUGUCUUCCCCGCCCUUUUAGCCCUCCCUGCUGCUCUUUCACUGUGUCUAUUUUAAUUUAUCUCAAGGCUGGGGAGAGAACAAGCUACAAACACUCUUAGCGACUGUGAUUUCCCCCCCUCCCCCCCCCCAGUUCUCAAAAGGCACUUUCAGGAUAGAAUUUCUCAUGCUUCUACGAGCUCAUCAACAAGGUCUUAGAUCCCAUCAAGAACGUUGGGUAUUGCAGUUUGUGGAAAAGAAUUGCAGGAGCUGUUUGGUGCAAAUACAUAAUUUCAGAAAUGUUUCUCUAAAAUCUCGGUAGAAAUAUAGGUGUAGGAAUUGGUUUCUGUGUAUUUCAGUGAUUUCAGAACAAGUCAGGUGUUAAAGUUAAGGGAAAAUGAGUGAAGAAAACACCUUUUUGGAUCGGAUAAUUUUUCAUCCUCUUUUGUGUGAGAACUGGAAAUAUAUUAUGGAAGGAGCAGCCUAUCACCUCGCUAGUGUCUUCUUUCUCCUUGGCUAUAUGGGAGGUAGUGGAACUUUUGGUGCCAUCUAUAUUUUUGGGUUCUUGUCCAUUGGCUUUCUUUGCUCUACUGUAUGGGGCUGGCUCAACGCUUGUGGAUUAGACAUUGUCAUUUGGAAUGUGCUUUUAUUUCUGAUCUGCUUGUUUCAGUUAGCACACUUAAUUUACCAACUCCGUAAAGACACUUUUUCUGAAGAAUUUGGUCUCCUGUACAAACAAAUUUGUCAGCCUUUGCAAGUGCCUCUCCAGACUUACAAAGAAAUUGUCAAGUGCUGUGAAGAACAGGUCUUGCCUUUGGCCAAAGAUCAAACCUAUGCGGUGCAGGGCAAGACAUCAAUAGAUCGUCUGUCCUUCUUGCUCUCUGGCAGGGUUAAAGUAAGUCAGGAUGGACAGUUUUUACAUUAUGUAUUCCCAUAUCAAUUCUUGGAUUCCCCAGAAUGGGAAUCAUUACGGCCUUCUGAAGAGGGAACAUUUCAGGUAACUUUGACAGCAGAGACUGACUCCUGUUUCAUCUCUUGGCAAAGGAAAAAGCUUUAUUUGCUUCUGGCUAAGGAGCGCUAUAUUGCACGUCUCUUCUCUGUCCUCCUUGGCUAUGACAUCUCAGAAAAGCUAUAUGCCUUGAAUGAAAAGCUUUUUGCUAAGUUUGGCCUUCAAUUUGACAUCCGUCUGCCCAGCCUCUAUCAUGUCUUAGGACCUGCUUCAGACACAGAGGUGGAAAAGGAAGUAGCAGAGUAUGAAGAGCCAGUAAUGCCUAUAGGUGAUUCACCUGCAGUUGGCCCAACAGCUCCUGUGGUUCCUUGCACUGUGUCUCAUUCUGCUCAUCCUAGGAAAUCUCGACCUGACAGUGACCUGUCUGCUUUGGGAAACCACCUGAGGACUAACCACCCUGCCCUUGCAAAAGGACGAGCCCCUCUGGCUCCAACUCAGACCCCAGAACUCUAGAGAACAGCGAUAGGGAACCAAGACCUGCAUGAAGCAAUAAGACCACUGAUCUCCAGUCAGAAUGGCCUUCAUUACUUGUGUGUCAAAACAUAUAUAAAAUGUCUGUCAGUGUGAUGCACCUUGAAAGAUAUACAUAGAACAGAAAGGCAGUGAUGGGAUAUUUUCCAGAGUGUAUCAAUCUGCUGUGGCACCUGGAUAUUUAUAUUCUUGAACACUUAAUGUAUGUUAAAUACGUUACAUGUCUUUGAAUUAUGAUGGUAUAAUCAUAUUUGGGCCAGUUUAUAGUAAUUUAUGAUAUUUUAAGUGUUAACCUCCCUUUUGAGGUUCUGUCAAUUCUCUUCUUUCACAAAACAAAGAAGAAAGAAAGCGAUUUAUUUCUUCCA